AUGACCUCCAAAUUGUCCGCGAUGUUUUUACCCGGCGACGAUUCUAAAGCAGACGCAGAUGCUACAGCGCAGCAAGAACCGCAACAGAACACCCAGAAAAAAGACAAUCCAGAGUCAACGCAAGGGGCUGUGCGAUUUGCUUCGCAACAUGAAGAGAUAGAUGCUCUGGACAAUUCGAGGCGUCCUUCAGAAGCUAGCGGGGUAAAGAAUGAAGAGCUCAGCCCCGAGGCACACGAACAGAUUAGGAAUUUGGCCAUGUCUCUACAAAAGUCACGGUUGCAGGAGAGCCGCCUGGCACAUUUUGCCUACGAAACGGUGUCCAUGCCUCCCUCACGGGUUCCUUCAAGAGACAGUGAGACGCCGGGUACACCUCGUAGUUCAGUAAGACAAGGACACGGCUCCAUGUCCUCUGCUUUUCAAUCGCCUCCCUUGACACCACAUGGCUCAAAAGACGGGAAGCAAGACUCAAUCGCAGCUGGCCGUGGCCAGCAAGGCCAAAACGCAAUAACUCCGCAAACAUCCCCACCUCCAGACUCCCAGAGCAAGAGACUAUCUCAGUCGAUAUCACCUUCUCAUCCUGUCUCCCCGCCUCGGACCUCCGAUCAGCCGCCAACGAAGCCAGAACAAGGUCAUGAGCGACGUAUAGCCAAGUUCGAAAUAGGCCCAUCCGAAUCUGCUACCCCAGCCGAUCAGAGUCCCGUCGGAACGCCCAAACUUGGACCUUCCUCCCCACAACUCGGAGCCCAACAGAAACCCCCUGAGCCGCGGCAUUUCGGAAGCCUGGGAAGAGGCUCCCUGGCCCCGGCCAUUGCGGCGGCGGCAGAGCGAAUACCACGACAAUCAAGUUCUACAGAUCUCGCUGAGAAGCGAGGAUCGAUAUUUGGAUCGAACAAGAAAGAUCCAUAUUCUCACGUCACUGACAGUGGUAGCGAGAAGAGUGGCUUAGAUGGGAGAAAACAUGGGUCAAUGUCUGAACUGAAACGAUUCUUCAGACUCGGCCAUGGCCACAAGAAGCACAAUAACCAGCAAGACUCUUUACCAUCGAGUGUACCAGCCUCGCGCAAGUCCAGCCAUAGGUCGGGAACAAGGACACCUCCCCACCAAGCUCCACCAUCCAAUGUUCCAUUCAUGGAUGACCACAGCCUUGAGGCCAAGUAUGGAAAAUUUGGCAAGGUCCUCGGCUCUGGAGCGGGCGGUUCCGUAAGAUUGCUCAAGCGAAGCAGCGAUGGAGUCACGUUUGCUGUCAAACAAUUCCGGGAGAAACAUUCCUGGGAAAGCGAGAAGGACUACUCCAAAAAGGUCACAGCAGAGUUUUGUAUCGGCUCGACUCUACACCAUGGCAACAUUAUCGAAACGAUGGACAUCAUCCAAGAAAAUCACCGGUGGUACGAGGUGAUGGAAUAUGCACCGUACGAUCUCUUUGCCAUCGUGAUGACAGGAAAGAUGAGCAGAGAGGAGAUUGCAUGUUCAUUCCUUCAGAUUGUCAACGGAGUCAGCUACCUGCACAGCAUGGGGCUGGCACAUCGCGAUCUCAAGCUGGAUAAUGUGGUGGUAAGCGAGCACGGCAUCAUGAAGUUGAUUGACUUUGGGAGUGCCACAGUGUUCAGAUAUCCUUUCGAGAACGAAAUUGUACUGGCUUCAGGUAUUGUUGGAUCGGAUCCUUAUCUCGCUCCAGAGGUGUAUGAAGAAAAGAAAUACGAUCCAACGGCAACGGAUAUCUGGUCUCUUGCGAUUAUUUUCUGCUGCAUGUCGCUUCGCCGCUUUCCAUGGAAACAGCCACGGCUUGUUGACAACUCUUACAAACUGUUCGCUUCUCCGCCUACACCAGGCACGCCCGUCCCAGAUUCACACCCUAGGAAGGCUUCGCAUCUAAGCCCGAGCGAAGAUAAUGCCAACGGCAGUGCUAAUUCGUCGCAUCAUCACCAUCACCACUCGGAGAGCGUCGAUGAAGGGCGGCCUUCGACGUCCGGUGGGGAUAAACAGGAAGUGAUCAAAGGCCCAUGGCGGCUCCUCCGCAUUCUUCCGCGGGAAAGCCGUCACAUCAUUGGCCGCAUGCUUAAAAUCGACCCAGCCGAACGUGCGACGAUGGAAGAAGUUCUCGAGGACGACUGGGUGUUGAACGCACGAGUCUGUUAUCAAGAAGAAAAUGGGACUGUUCAUCAUGCAGAAGGCCACACCCACGUUUUGGAAGCCGGCUCCGGCGGACCGCCGCCAGCCAAGUAA